GUCUGCUUUCUCCCUCUUAUCCACUCACUCUUCCAUUCCACUCCACCGGCCACCCACCUUGUUCCAAUCUUCUUUUCUUCCACUCCGGUCUCACCUUCUUUUCUUCCUUUUCCCUAGAGGCUGUCGAUUCUUCUAUCCGUGACCUCUUCCUCUUUCUAUCUGCCCUUCCUCGGAUUGAGCCUCUCAACUUGCGAAAAAUCUCGACGCCGACAUCGCAUCACAUCACAUCAGCCCACCAUGUCGACCUGGGGUGAAUACUUCCGCGUCACCACUUACGGUGAAUCGCACUGCCGCUCUGUCGGCUGCAUUGUCGAUGGCUGCCCACCCGGAAUGGAGCUCACUGAGGAUGAUAUUCAGCCGCAGAUGACUCGGAGGCGCCCCGGCCAGAGUGCCUUGACCACCCCUCGGAACGAGAAGGACCGCGUCGAGAUCCAGUCAGGAACAGAAUUCGGUGUCACUCUGGGCACUCCGAUUGGCAUGAUGGUGCGCAACGAGGAUCAGAGACCCAAGGAUUACGGCGGUAGCACAAUGGACCUGUACCCCCGCCCCAGCCAUGCCGACUUCACCUACCUCGAAAAAUAUGGCGUCAAGGCCAGCAGUGGUGGUGGCCGCAGCAGUGCCCGCGAGACGAUCGGCCGAGUCGCUGCCGGAGCCAUUGCCGAAAAGUACCUUCGCCUAUCGCACGGUGUUGAGAUCGUCGCCUUUGUCUCCUCCGUCGGCAACGAACACCUGUUCCCCCCUACUCCCGAGCACCCCACCGCCUCCACCCAGCCCGAGUUCCUGAACCUGAUCAAGACCAUCGACCGCAAGACCGUCGACUCCUUCGUACCCACCCGCUGCCCAGAUGCUGAUGCCGCCGCCCGCAUGACCAAGGUGAUCGAGCAGUUCCGCGACAACCACGACAGCAUCGGUGGCACCGUUACCUGCGUGAUCCGUAACGUGCCCGUCGGCUUGGGCGAGCCCUGUUUCGACAAGCUCGAGGCCAAGAUCGCCCACGCGAUGCUCAGCAUCCCCGCCACCAAGGGCUUCGAGAUCGGCUCCGGGUUCGGCGGCUGUGAGGUUCCCGGCUCGAUCCACAACGACCCCUUCAUUGUCUCCGACGUGGCAUCCCAGCUCGGUCCCAACACCUCCACCAAGCAGCGGCUCACCACCAAGACCAACAACUCCGGCGGUAUCCAGGGUGGUAUCUCCAACGGCGCCGACAUCUACUUCCGGGUCGCGUUCAAGCCCCCGGCCACCAUUGGCCAGGCCCAAAACACUGCCACCUACGCCUUGGAGGAGGGUAUUCUCGAGGCCAAGGGCCGCCACGACCCUUGCGUCACCCCCCGCGCCGUCCCCAUCGUCGAGGCCAUGUCCGCCUUGGUCAUCAUGGACGCCCUCAUGGCUCAGUAUGCUCGCGAGAGCGCCAAGAGCCUCCUGCCUCCCCUGCCCAACACCAUCCCCACCCGUCCUACCCUGAGCGGUUCCAACUAAAAAAAAAAGCCCUUUUCUCCUCAUUGU